AUGUCACGUCCUUUUCCAUAUACAUACAUAUCAUGUCCCUGCGCCGACACCCCGGUCCCCGAUCCGGCUAGGAAGCGAAGGUCGAGGGAGUCCACGCAGAAACCACCACCGGAGCAAGCGAAUACAGAUCAGGACAAGAAAUUGUCAGCAAAAGACGAACAAGAAGAAGAGGACGAAGAUGAAGAGCACACAUUUGAUCCCCGCUCUCCACGGUCCAACUUCUCGCUGUAUCCGCCUGAACAGCUUCUCUACUGCGAGGAGUGUCACCAGAUCAAAUGCCCCCGAUGUAUCACGGAGGAGAUUGUGAGCUGGUAUUGUCCUAGCUGCUUGUUUGAAACGCCGAGCAGUAUGGUGCGGAGUGAUGGCAAUCGGUGUGGCCGAAAUUGCUUCAAUUGUCCUGUCUGUACGGCCCCGCUGGCUGUGACUACCAUUGAGAAUGCCACCGGGAACGGGCCUCGACAGGGUCCGUGGGUGUUGUCUUGCGGAUACUGUCUUUGGACAACACUAGACAUUGGCAUCAAAUUCGACAAGCCGACUAAUAUCCGCAGCCAACUGCAAAAGAUGACAGAUUCCACUGCCCCUGCUUCUUUCGACCGCUCGAGGCAAGCUUCUCGCUCUUAUGGAGAUCUGAAACAUCCGUUGUCUAGCUAUGCCUCUAUUGAUGGGCAAUCCAACGCAAGCGAGCGAGAUGGAGAGCAAGCUGCAUCAAAAGAAGACCCGGCUGCACCUCCAAUGGGCAUGGAUGCCCGGUUCGCAGCCCUGAAGAACUUCUAUCGUACACAAAUCGCGGAGACAUCAAAUUCAGCAAAUGAUCGUCUUAGCUCGGAAUUUGGAUUCUCUUCGCCAGGCGCCCUAAACCGGCUUAUGUCUCUGUAUACGACCUCGUCGCGUCUAAGCGGACUGUAUGGCGGCAAUAAGAAGCCCAAAUCCAAGCCACCUGUUAUGCGCGAAGCUCUGACUGCAAGCGAGGGCCUUCUGAUCGCUUCAGAAAACAACGAAGCGGACAUUAUUGCACGACUUCAGUCUCCAGAAUGUGGCUGGGAUGGCAUGGCCUCAAUAGACCAGCGCGCAACCCAAUCACCGGACGUCCGCUUCGUUGACGAUCUCCUCCCACUCCCAGUCCUUCUCCGCACCAAGCGAGCCAAGCGCUGCAAGUCCUGCAAGCACAUCCUCGUGAAGCCCGAGAGCAAGCCGCAAUCUACUCGCUUCCGCAUCCGCCUCAUUGCCCUCAGCUACAUCCCCCUUCCAACCCUCCGCCCUCUGGCCCUCUCUUCCACGUCAGCCCUCCCAGCCAUGGCCCCAACCUCUGACCUCAACUCCCUCCCACCCCUGCGCCCAAUCCACGUCCUUCUUACGCUAAAAAACCACAUGUUCGACCCCGUCCGCAUCACCCUCGCCACGCCCCCCGUAACCCCAGGCCGCGUUGCAACGAAAGUCACAGUUCUCUCUCCGCAGUUUGAGAUUGGCGCGAACAGCGAUGUCUGGGACGAGGCGUUGCAGGGUGGCUCUGCGCCCUUAACGAGCGAGUCUCGCUCCGGCGCUCAACGCGGAGUCCCCGAGGCAGGCAAGGUGUGGGACAAGGGCCGGAACUGGACGACCGUCGUGUUGGAGGUUGUCCCUGGUACCUUGCCUGGGAGUAGUGCUGAAAACGGCAAUGGCGAUGCGGAUACCGAGACUAAUGAUGUGGAUGUCUCGGCGAUUGCGGCUUCCAGGCAGGAUGAGGAUGUGCUUGAGAUUCCGGUGUUCGUGCAUAUGGAUUGGGAUGCGGAUGCACAGCUUGAUCAGCAGAAUGUCGGAAAGGGAUCUAAGCCUGAUGAUAAGGUUACCAGGGAGUUGGCAUAUUGGAUGGUGCUUGGUGUGGGAAGAAUUCAGGCUUCGUUGUAG